GCGAAUAUGUCUUUCCAGCAGACUGAGUUCGAAGCCAUGGCUGCGUCAGCGCCUGUGGGUUCUUUCCUGGGAGCCUCACAGUCCAAGAUUGCACAGUGGAUCGAGUUCGUGACGACAGCAGAUGAGACCCCUCGAGACCAGCACCCUCUGAUCUUCUACGCGUUCGCGGCCCGGGUCUUGGCGCAGACCAUGGGGUCCACAACUCCAGUGGACUACGCCGACUCGCACAUGAGGUCGCUCAUUGUGGAUAUGAUCAAGCCGGGCGCCACUCCCUUCGAGAGCGACGGCGACGCCGGACCCUGGCAAGACGAGGUGCUUCUCCCUGCACACCUCACUCUGUGUCUCCGCGUCCAAGCGAACGCUCAGAAAGCCCGGGAUUUGUCAGCCGGGUCGUCCGGCGGGGCCCACGGUGGCGACCACGCGCUGGCGCAGGCCAUCGCUUCCCUGACUGCGGCCACGAAUACUAAAGAAAAGGAACCCAAGAAAGGCAUCCUCAGCUUCGACCUCAAGACGAGGCUCGCCGAAGUGGGCCUGGCAGAUUUCGCCCGCGAGCUGUUGCCUUCGGAAGAAUCGCUCAUUCGAGUGGAAGGCAUGGGCAAGAGCUCCAAAGACAAGGGCCGCCACUUUGUGGGGGCGUCUGAUGGCGAAGACCUUAUGUUGAACUUUCGUCCAACAUGGUCUCGCACGCCCAAAAUCGACGUCUUUGUGGGCGAAGGCUCGCUGGAAGACAAGAUGAAAGCGGUUCUGGAUGUGAAGCGAGCGAGGUCGGCUGAAGACCGGGUGGGCUUCACCAGCUUCCCCAAUUUCAUCGGCCACGUCAUGGACUGGGGAACCAAAAUGAUCAUAAUGAAAGUGUUUUCUAUGAAGGAGCUCAUGGCUUACGUCAUGAACCUCACCCGGAUCUCAGAAGAGCUGGGAGGAGUGCGAGUCGCAUACCAAUACGACCUUGUUUUGCGUCAGCGCAUGGCUCAGGCGCUGGAGCGCGGAGAAACCACUGAGGUCCAUGACUUUCUCCUCCGCGUGCACAAGGACGAGCUUGGCGACGCCAAGAGUAACUUGGAGCAGCGGACGAAAGAGACUAACCGG